UUCGGUACUCUCUCAGUCGCUCCGACUCGGGAACCAAUCGUCCAGAGUACCAGUCAGCGGAGAUAGCAGGCAGUAUUUCACCCUCUCAGGCUAACUCGCUUUCGGCUUUGGUUUGAAAUGGACACCCCUACAACCGCUCGGAGCAGACAAUGCUCAUUCAUGCGCACCUGCAAAAGCGGCCUCUCCCUGUGGCUGGUGGUGUGGUUGGUCCUCGGCAAGCCCGGUCCGUCGGCGGCGUGCCCGCAUCUGUGCGUGUGCUACCCGACUCCCAUGACCGUGAGCUGCCAGGCGCAGAACUUCACCUCCGUGCCCGUUGGCGUGCCCUACGACUCGCAGCGCGUGUUCCUACAGAACAACCGAAUUACGGAGCUCAGAGUCGGCUCUUUCGGCUUCGGGACUCAGGUCUUGUGGCUGUUCUCCAACAACAUCACGUGGAUUGAGGCUGGCUCCUUCAGUGAGCUGAGGGAUCUAGAGGAGCUGGACCUGGGGGACAACUCUCACCUGCGCAGGCUGGAAGGAGGCGCCUUCAGGGGGCUGGAGAAACUCCAGAGUCUCCACAUGCACCGCUGCAAGCUUACCGCCCUGCCCCAUGACCUGUUCCACAAGCUGUACAGCCUGCAGUUCCUCUACCUGCAGGAGAACCAGCUCCACUUCCUCCAGGAUGACCUCUUCUCUGACCUCAUCAACCUGAGCCAGCUCUUCUUGCAUGGAAACCGUAUCCGUACUCUGUCGGAGAACGUGUUCCGUGGCCUGGUCAACUUGGACCGCCUUCUUCUCCACGACAAUCGUGUGCGCCAGGUUAACCGCCGGGCUUUCCGCGACCUCGGACGCCUCACCAUGCUCUUCCUGUUCAACAACUCAUUGGCUGAGCUCCCCGGCCAGGCUCUCCGUGACACCCAGGGCAUCGAGUUCCUCCGUCUCAACGGGAACCCCUGGUCCUGUGGCUGCGAGGCCCUCCCCCUGUGGGAGUGGUUCCGUGGCGCCCGCGUCUCAUCGUCCGAGCUGUUGUGUUCCUCCCCGUCCCCCCGCCGCGGGAUGGACCUCCGCUUCCUCCGUGAGAUGGACUUCGCCCUCUGCCCUCUCCCCGACCCCGGCACCCUGGCCGGCUCCACCACGAGGACCUUCAGCACCAAGACAAGAUGGUGGUUCUCCAAGCACAAGCCCCAGUCCCAGACCAAGGCAGUGUUCGAGAAGAGCUCCGAGACCAUCAAGGCCUUCCCGUUCCCCCAAGGAAAGAACAACCCACCCAUCGUGACCUCCACCAAUGUCAAGUACGAGCUCGGCGAGGAAGAGGCAGCACUACCCAAACUCGACGCUGAGGAGUACUGGGCGAACUAUGGGAACGAGGACGCCGGCACCACGCUGCGAUGCUUCGAGCUCGAGUGUCCGCCUGACUUCGAUGGCCUCCCUCCCAACUCCUCCUCCACCCCCACGUCAUCCCACUCUCUCUCACUCCUCCUCGCCCUCUCGCUACUCGCCGUCUCCAUCAAUCUACACCUCAUAUUUGGCUGAAUCCGACUUUAAGUACCCACUUCCCGUUCCUGUCUUCGCCCCGGGCCCUCUCAGGGCAUGGGGAACCCCUUGUUAAAGACUCUGUACCUCCCUAGUUAACCCUCUGAUGUCCUACUGGAUAACUUCUAUCUCUGUCAGUAGUACAAGACAGCAGGGGAUACAAAGGGGGGGUUAGAUUGUUACUUCUAACUUAAUGCAGGGUUAAACAACAAUGGCUGACAGUACAUAGUACACUAUUGUACAUAGUACAAUAUAGUACAGUACAGUAGUCAACCAAGGCUGUUACUACAACAGGUGCAUCUCACCUGUCUGGUGUGUCGGUUGCCAUGACGACGCCUGCAAUCAGGGGUCAGUGGUCACCUGUAACGCUCUACAGCUAAUACCAGUGCUACUGACUGUUGCGAAUGCUAUAACUGUUGUCACUUGGAGGAAUAUUACAACUACAAGUGCUACAACUAUUAUAUGCAUGUUACUACUACUACUACUAUUACGAAUACGUCUGCUACUACAAGUGCUAUGAUUACAGUUACAACAGUAACUACAUUUCUUCUGUUGUAUUAACUCUGACAACUGUACUGUAAAUAGGUCGGUGUACUUGAUGGUGCAGAGCAGUUGGGAUAUCUUUCUUAUAUGUUGUCUACCAUGAUGCCUACUUUAUAAUGGAUUGUUUACAGAAAAAUAGCUAAGGAGAGAGAGAAAAGAAGGGAUGAUGGAAUGAAAGAGAGGCAGUCACCAGCAUACGAGAAGGUGAGAGAGGAUAUGUAGAGAGAUAGGUAAAGGUAGAGAGACAGAAAGACACAGAGAGAGGAUAUGUAGAGAGAUAGGUAAAGGUAGAGAGACAGAAAGACACAGAGAGAGGAUAUG